AGAACCCCAUUCCCGUCGCCAUUCCUCUCACCCCUCUCAUCGUCCACUAUGCUAUCCUCGAGUUCGCCAAAUCGCCCACCCGUCUCCCUUUCCGUCGCGCGUCACGUCGCCAUCUCGUCGCCCGUCCCGUCGCCCUCUUCGUCGCCCUCUCUCCCCUCCUCUCCUCCCGUCGGCCUCUCUCUCGCCCCUCCCUACCGAUCGCUCUCCCGUCGCUCGCCCCGUCGCGCUCUCUCUCUCCGCUCCCUUCCCGUCGCCCUCUCUCUCGCCCCUCCCUUCCCGUCGCGCUCUCUCUCUCUCCGUUCCCUUCCCGUCGCCCUCUCUCUCGCCCCUCCCUUCCCGUCGCGCUCUCUCUCUCCGCUCCCUUCCCAUCGCCCUCUCUUUUGCCCCUCCCUUCCCGUCGCGAUCUCUCUCUCCGCUCCCUUCCCGUCGCCCUCUCUCUCGCCCCUCCUACCCGUCGCGCUCUCUCUCUCCGCGCCCUUCCCGUCGCCCUCUCUCUCUCCCCUCCCUUCCCAUCGCGUUCUCUCUCUCCGCUCCGCCCUCUCUCUCGCUCCUCCCUUCAAAUCGCGCUCUCUCUCCGCUCCCUUCCCGUCGCGCUCUCUCUCUCUCCGCUCCCUUCCCAUUGCCCUCUCUCUUUCUGCUCCCUUCCCAUCCUCCCUUCUCGCUCGCCUCGAAUAGCCCUCCCGGCGACCUUCGACUCUCCCAUCACGUAUGCCCUCCUUUCUCUGUCGCCUCUCUCGUUCUCCCUCUGCUAUCGCGUCAGCGUGACCCAUUCCGUACUCUGUUAUUGUGUUUGGUUUGUUUGUUUUUUCUGUCUUUCCAUCUAUUCUCGACACCCUCUCUCCCGCCGCCUAUCCUCUCUCCCGUCGCCCUCCCGUUUCCCGUCGCCCUCCCGUUUCCCGCCCCUCUCCCGUUUCCCGUCGCCCUCCCUUUUCCCGUCGCCCUCCCGUUUCCCGUCGCCCUCGCGUUUCCCGUCGCCCUCCGGUUUCCCGUCGCCCUCCCGUUUCCCGUCGCCCUCCCUUCUUCCGUCGCCCUCCCUUUUCCUGUCGCCCUCGCGUUUCCCGUCGCCCUCCCGUUUCCCGUCGCCCUCCCGUUUUCCGUCGCCCUCCCGUUUCCCGUCGCCCUCCCGUUUCCCGUCGCCCUCGCGUUUCCCGUCGCCCUCCCGUUUCGCGUCGCCCUCCCAUUUCCCGUCGCCCCCCUUCUUCCGUCGCCCUCCCGUUUCCUACGCCCUCCCUUCCCGUCGCCCUCCCGUUUCCCGUCGCCCUCCCUCUUUCUCUUCAUUCGCGUCACCUUGCCCAUCAUAA